AAGAGAAGCCUGUCAGAGCCUGAAGAUCUGUCUAAGUUUGAUUUCCUAACUUUUGCUGAGAUUAAAUUUCAAAAUGGAGAAGCCUGCAAGUUUGCAAGUGCGCCUCUGUCAGCACCUUUACUGAGCUGUGACAAUGACGAUGAUCGAAUGGUAAGAUUUCUUGCUUUCAGUAUCAUGUCAGUGAUAAAUAUAAUUUAAUAAUCAACCACACAACCUGUAAAAUAUCAAAGGAAGCACGCCUUCACCAAGCAAACAUAGUUCGUUUUGGAACCGGAAUCAGCGGCAGUUUUUGUGACCUAUGGGUUGAUCUUUGCAGGCUUAAAGACGGAAACGGUUCCUAUCUUAUGUUUUGUUAAAAUCUUAUCUAUUACUCCUUCCUGGGGAUCCAGGGGUAGUCGGUCGGGUCGGAACAAAACGUUUUCAAGCACGAGCGGACGUGAAUUAGGGCUCUUCCUCCCGUGCUUUCACGCGCAGUCAGUUGUCUCGACCCUACUCGUAUACUGCCGUUGGGUCUCCGAGGAUUAUUUUUUCCAGAAUCUUUACUUUAUUUUCAUUUCGUCUCAUUUUAGGCUUCAUGUGCUAUUUCCGUCGCUAUAUUGAGAUUCAUGCGGGAUAUACCAGAACCAAAAGUCAUCGAAGAAGCAAAUCAGGUCACAUUUCACGCAUGAUUUGGUGUCAGAUUUCAGUAGCCUAGCACCAUUUUAAAAACUCUUACUUCAUUGGACACCUCUUUAGCAGCUCUUAGAGCUGCUAGGCGCCUCAUUUAUUUUAAGAAAAAGCUUUCCACAAGUUAUUUGAAAGCUUCAGUACGCUAAACUCUUUGGUUAGAAGCAAUUAGAAUAAUCUUAGUGAAAUGAUCUUGUGCUAUAAAGAACUCAGACAAGCUAUGGAAACAUAACACAAUAAUGGCGGUCUGAUUAGCUUACUGACGCAGACUGGGAUGUCAAUCCAAAAAACCUGAAAAACUGGAGUAGGCGCCCAAAAACCGUUUACAUUACAUUGCAACAAUACAAAGUUGGCGACCAAACGGUUUUGGAGAUCAGAGCCUGAAGUUGGACGUAAAUAAGUAGGAUGAUAUGGCAAAAACAGAGUUGAGAUCCAUUGGGUGUUUCCUUAAUUUCAUUUUCUGAGGUGCAGGUUGCAUAUAAUCGCGAUAAGAUUUAAAUGUGAGUAAUAAAACAGCAUCUAAUUUAUCCUUCAAUAGAAUUCAGGAGAAAGUGAGAUGAAAAUAUCGAACAUGAAGGCAUAUUCUUCCGGUUCCACUUUCAAGAGGAAGAUUAUCUCUGAAAAGGUAGUAUAAAAAUAAAAACAAAAGUAUUAAAGUAAAGUAAAAACCCUAGCCUGUGUACAAACUAUUGUAGGUCAAUAGACCACACCUUAUUCCAAAAUGACUACAAUGCGUUCUUUUAUGUUUAUGUUAGUUAGACCCGUUGCCUCGGAUUGCACCUUAGAAUUCAAAAGAAAGUUUAUCUUCAAACAAUGCGCCUUAAGCCAAUUACGUUAAGACAAAAGAACAGCAAAAUUUGCGGAAGCUUUAGAAUAAGGUGUAUCAUCAUCAUCAAGUCUCAUCGCAUAAGGCCUCCACACUGUCUGACCAACACUUUCUGUCUUGUGCGACUACUUUGGCUACUUCCCAGCUCUUCCACCCACCUUUGUUUCGUUCUUUCUCGACUGUCCUUCUUUAAGUAGUUUUUGGUCUUCCGUUCAUCGCUCUUGGUGAUCUUCCAAGUUUCCCCAGCCAUAGAGUAGGACCGGAAUCCCGACAUCAAGCACCCCUGUUUAAUAAACCAGUCAGAUGUCACAUUCCCGUCCACAACUGCGCACCCAAAGCCCGCGUAUAUGCCCGCUAUCACUCUCACCAUCUUGUCUGCUAUCCCAUAACUUCUCACGAUAUAGAUAGGCUUUCUCUGUGUACAGAGUCAAAAACUUUUUCAAAGUCUACAAAGUGUGCAUACAGACCCGCCCUCCACUCAUUUGCCUGUUCUAAGAUGCUUCUAAUAAGUAUAAAUAUAUGUUCAGUUGUACUUCUCUUGGGUCGAAACCCAGCCUGCUCCUUUCGACGUUUCUUGUCUACGCCUUCUUGAUCCGCUCCAACAGCAUCCUAAAGAAUAUCUUGCUAAUGACAGGUAGUAAUGUCACUCCUCUCCAGUUGUUGCUUUCGCGCAAAUCUCCUUUCUUGAAUACCUUAACAAAAAGCUCCCUUCUUCCACACUUUUGGCCACUUCUCAGUUUCCCAAAGCCUGUUGUAACAACUAGUCAGCCUACUUGCAGUGUUUUCCAUGUCAGCUCUCAACAAUUCCGGACACACCUUCUCUACUCUAGCCGCUUUCCCUGGCUUUGUCCUCUUCAACGCAUCCUUGACCUCUUAUUGUCGCCAUCUUCCUAAAUCCAUUUCCUCAAUCUCUUCCAAUUCUACUAUCUCAUCCUCUUCCACAGGAUUCGUUGGGUCAUCUCUGUUAAAUAUUUCACUAAAGUGCUCCACCCAUCUCUGCAGUCUUUCUCUUGUUUCAGUCCUAAGCACACCUUGUUUGUCCUUAACACCUAUUUCUUGUUCCCGCCUUUCUCCAGUUAUCGACGUAGUAAUGCUGUAUAGCUCCUUGCUCCUAUUAUUCUGAGUGGCCUUUUCCGCUGCUGCAGCCCUCUUCUCUAUAACCAAUUUCUCUUAUCCUCCCUUGACUCCGUUUCACUUCGUUGUUCUCCGCAUUAUACUUCUCCCUCCAUCUCUGUUUCAGUCGUUCCGAUCUUGCACCCUCCAGUUUCAAUUUGCCUCUUUCCUCUCCUUGAUCUUUUGUCAUGUUUUGCGUCCUAUCCAUGGCCUACUAAGUUUCUUUGACCUCCCCAAGACUUUCUUUGCUGCAUCUCUGUAUGUUGCCGAAAUCAUAUCGUGUUCUUCCUCCGGAUCAUUUAUGUCUCCUAAAGCUUCAAACCUAUUCCUCACCGCAAUGUUGUACCUCCUCCUCAUCUCUUCACUUUACAGUUUACUUACGUCAAACCUUUGCCUUACGUUCUUCCUCCCCUCAGCUCUUGCCAACUUAAGACGUAUCCUUGUUUUCACAAGGUAAUUGUCACUGUAUACGUCUGCUCCUCUCAUUACUAUGGUGUCUAAUAUAGAUGUUCUCAUCUUUCCAUUCACUAGAACAUGGUCCAUCUGGUGGCCUCCAGGUGAGCCUAUGGAUGUCUUUAUGAGGGAAGAUUGUUCAAGAUAUGAUUAACCCAUUUGCACUACAGACGUCGUUGAUAUAACCUCCCUCCAUUGUCAUUCAUAACACCAACGCCAAACUUCCCCAUAACCUCCUCUCUAUUGGUGUUGUUGUUGCCUACCUUAGCAUUCAAAUCUCCCAUCACCACAAUCAUAUAUUUUUUUUGUUGCAGCUUGAAACAGUGUCCUGCAGCUGGUUGUAAAAUUCAUCCUUUUCCUCAUCCAUCGCCUCAUUUGUUGGUGCAUAUGCUUGUACCACCAACAUUUUUUUGUACUUUGAGUAGAAUUGUGCUGUAAUAAUCCUUUUGCUAAUUGGCGUCCAUUCCAUCGAGACUCCUUUUGCCCAGCACUCAUCAUUAUGGCUACUCCUCCUUGUUGUACCUCAUCAUUUCCCACAUACACCACCUUCUCUCCACUCUUGCAGUGUUACUUGAUCCCGUCCCUUUCCACCUGGUCUCACUUAUCCCUAGCACUUCAAUCCCAUACUCUUUCAUCGCCUUAGCUACUUGCCUUGCCCGUGUUAUCUCAGCCAUGGUCCUCACGUUCCAGCAACCGAUGAUCGUCUGUCGCUUAGGGGCUACUAUGGGGUCUAUGGGCCUUUGGGCUUUCUGCAGGCUUUGACCCAAGAAUAAGGUGUAUCAGUUAAGUUCAACCAUUUCUGUUCGUUUUUCUGGUAUAAGCAUAUUAGACAUUUCCCAUUUAAUAACGAAGAAACUAGAAAAUCAAUUAGCGUCCUGCCAUUUGCUUUUUACAGCUGUUAUUAAAUUAACAUUGUUUUAGGCCACCUUGUCGGCUUCUAUGAUGUCAUAUGAUGUUCCAUCACUGUCCUUAAUGAAUCAACCAACAACAAACUUGGAGAAAAUUUGGUUCAUUACCAGUUUUGGAAUUCGAAGAUCGAGUUUAAGGUAACUAUAACCAUAUAGUAUAUUGCAUUUAUUGCACUUUUAAGUAGAAUCGAAAUGCGAAACUGUUUUUAUUUACUUAAAAUUCAAGUUAUAAGAAUUAUCAUGGCAAUAGAAGCUCAGGGAAAUAAGUCAGACUAAAUAAUUUUUAAUAUUACUGUCGUAUCGAUAAACCUUACAAAUAAAGUUUCAUAUAAUGCACUUGGAGAAAUGAUACGAAACAGGCUGGUCAAAAAAAAAAAACAGCCAAAAGUACAGUAGAACACAGUUAAUUGUUAAUUGCCUCGUACGUAUCGUGGUUUAUCCGUAUACUUAAAUGGCGUUCUCCCUUUUUUUGAUUGACAGGGAUGAAAUAUAUUGCCAAAUAUGCCGCCAGCUUAUUAACAACCUUUCCCAAACAAGUUAUUCAAGAGGGUGGAUCUUACUGGCUCUCUGUAUUGGUGUUUUUCCACCAUCAGACGAGGUGCGGUUAGGAUCAAGAGAGGAUAAAGGGGACAGAGAAGGCAUCCCCCAUACACACCCUAUUCCAUAGGUAAUUCGUCUCGAGUUAUUUUUAGAAUCGGGAUAAAGUUACCUCGCGCGCUGCGUGGAUGUUUCGUGGAGGUUUUGCAUGACUAAACGCUGCGCAAAACAUGUCGGGCAAAUGGCAAUGAAAGCGUAAAGAGAUCGAGAUCAUUCCUGAAUAUUGGCGCGAAAUGAGUCGGCGCUCACCUGGGAAAACUAGACUCUUUGAAAACCCGUGGAAUGAGUUUAACUCGAAGUAACCUCAGUGCUUUAAUAAAAUGAGAAAUUUCGCCGGUCUAUUGAAACCGGUCGUUUGUACCAUACUUAUUAGAGGAGACUGCUUAUGAAAAGCGGCAAACAUCAAUGAUAAAAACAACAGUGCUGCAGUCUAUGUUGGAAGUACCCUGAAAGUGCACAAUCCUUUGUUUUCUGUUGGCAAAUUGUUACGGAAUAAAUUAAUGAAACGUUUUUAUCUGUCAAUACAAUCAAAAUGAUAGGAAUUCUUUUGAACGUUGUGCACUUUCAGGUCCACAAAAACAUAUAACAAAGGAGCCCGACGGGUGUCAUAACCAUUCCACUCAAUCAACUAUGUUUGUACAAUAAAGCAAGUAGGACGCCAAGUGUUAUUUUUGUUGAAUAAUAAAAGACUAAUAAAAGAGUAAAUAUCAAACCAGAAAUUGCUCUCUUCGAACUGUAAAUUAUAAAUAAUCCUUAGAGAAUAUUCAGUGUGUUAAGGAUUUUCCUGCUGUACUGUUAGCUCUAUACAAGAGAGGAAGGGUGAUUCUUUUUUAAUUUCCAUUUCGCUGACACAGCUCUAGCAGAAAUCUCUCUUUAGUCGUUUUCGUGGACAAAACGAAUAGCAAUAUCGCUCUCCGCAUCUUCCGCCAUUUUGUUCUGCGUCAAUUCGUGAAGGGCGCGUGGCUCUGAGCGUGGGUCAUCCACGCGCAACACAUUCGCGCUAUGUGAUUGACUGUUUUCUAAUCCCCCUUGGGAUCUGUGGUCUAAAUCGAGACGAAUUACCUAUGGAAUAGGGUGUGUAUGGGGGAUGCCCUCUCUGUCUCCUUUAUCCUCUCUUGGUUAGAAUGUAAUAAUCGAUCAUUAGAGCACUCCUGUCACUUAAAAAAAAGUAAUGCCAUAAAACUGCUGAUCUUGGGCAGAUGAGAAAUUCUGUUCUCGAUUCUCUUAACUUGAAGGCCCAUUGGUAAAAAAAAUCACAACACCCUAAAUACCGUUUUCUAUGAGUUUUACUCAAGACCACUCAAGUUUCUCUGGUGUUUACGGCUUUUGUUUUAUUUUUAUAAUAAUUUAUUUGACUGAGAUCGUUUCAUAUCAAAAUUAUGUUGGUUUUAAGAAAAGAAAGAAAGGUAAUUUCAAGGCUAAAAUUAUUAAUUAAAGGCCUGUUCUCGCUAAUAAGAAUUUCUUUAAUUUUUAAUUUUUCGAGUAGUCUGUUGCUUCAUUUAUCCGCUCUUUUCCACUUGUACAUUUUGUGUAACCCGCUUAAGCCUCGUGAAAACGGGCGCAACAUUGUGGGCAAGAGGUAAUGAGCCUUUUCCACAUUUCAUGUUUAGUGUAAGAUCCUCAGUUAUUUAAUCCCUUCUCUAUAAUCGACUUCAAUCUGCAGUUGUUAAAUUACAUACGAAGCUUCUUGAAGCAGGGUCCCGGUGAUUUUGGGGAAUAUUGCUACAAAAUUCUUCAACGAACUCUCCAAAUCGAUUGCCGAAGGCAACCGCCUUCAGCAGUGGAACUUGAGGUAUGUCUCUCUAUAUUCAAUGACAAUUUUAUGAAAGAAAAAUAAAAGGCAAUGGGACUGGAUUCAUAAAUAACCCAUAAUUGUAAGUCAUAUCCUAAGGAUUCAAAGACCUUUUGUUUGUUUAUUUGUCUUUUUGUUGGGAAAAGCGCUGCGUAAAAUCAUGGGAUGAUUCCUCGAACAAAGUCAGUGUCAAAUAAGGGCAGUUGGAAGACUAAAUCCCUUAAAGAGGAAGCCAGUUAUUUAUCUAUUUUUUUGAGUGGCAUGAAAGAAAUUUUAUUUUUCGUGUUUUGAGUUUGAAAAUGCUAUAAUGUUAUUAUGUUUCGCCAGCCCCAUGUAAGGUAAUCUAAGACAGUCCGCUCCACGCUCUGAAUUCCAGAUUCCAGGUGCUAGAAUCCAGGAUUCGUUGUCAGCGGAACUUGGAUGCCGGAUUCCAAUCGUUAGCGGGAUUCUGAAUUCCGGAUUCGGGUCCACAACAAAUACAUUUCCCAAAUUCUACAUUCCAAAAGCAAAAAUUUCCCGGAUCAGUCCGGGAUCCGGAUUACUUUACUUUAUAGCUCCGCUAGAAAUAUUCUUGUGCUGUUAUCAUGAGAUACGUAUUUCUGUUUAAUAGUCAGUCAAUUGUUCAUCCUUUUUUAUUAUCAGGCGGUCAAAACUCAAUCCCAGCCCAUCAUACCAGUCACAUUUAUGGAUGGCUCAAUUAAGAAAUUUGAAGUAGAUCCUGCCACAACUUGUAAAGAACUUUGUAAGCUAGUUAAGAAAGAAAUUGGAAUGAAGAGUAUUUUUGGAUUUUCUAUCUACAUUGCAGCCUUGGAGCAAGUAAGUUUUUGCUAAUUUAAAAGUCUCAACAGGGUUGGCUUAGGCGGUAAAGCGAUGCACUGUAAACAAAUGUAAAUAGAGAAAAUCCAUGUUUACCAAAAGAAAUCCCUCAUUCACAACGACAGAGACUGAUGUGAUUGGAAAACACUGUAAAGCGCAUAGAGUGUUUCCACAAAGAAUAAGGGGCUGAGGCGACCUUUCUUUUUCCUACCAUGUGAAACAAUCUUCUGGCGAUGUGAUUCAGUAUCCAAGUGACAGGGUGAGCGAGUAGAACAAAAUCGAAAACUACGUCAUACGGGUCAUGCUGAAUCAAAAAAGCUAACUACAAGACAUGCCCACAAACAAUGUAGCGAUCGAGCAAGAUCGUUCACAAGACUGAUAUCCCUGCUUAAGUGAACUAAUUUACAAUAGGGGAAACAACACCGCUAUAUGUUUUAAUGGUGAAAAAAGAUCAACUGGGUUAAAAGUCUUAAAAGGUAAAAGUUUCUCUCGUACUGCUACCGGUGUCUAUUUCAGAACUGACAUUGAAAUAGGGUCCCAGUUCGUCUCCAGUAAGGGACAUUAAAUUGUACUUAAAUAUUACAUCUGCAAAUACAUUGACACUACUAGAAACAAAGUAGUCUUUGUUGUUGUUGUUGUUUUUUUUUUGUUUGUUUUUUUUUUUAGGACUCUAGAUUAAAUUUUGAAUUUAUAAUUUUCUCAAAAAAACAGGCAUGAAAGGCUAGUUUAUCGUUUGUCACACGUGUACACUAUUUUUUUACCCGUCGUGGUUUUUGACUUGUCGCUACUGGUCCUCAUCAGACGUAAGGUGUCAAUUAUCAAGGGGGAAUAUUAGUAUGUGUUUCCCUUGGAACUGGUCAGUUCAAAUGAUCACCACAAACCGCAUAAUAUCAAGCCAAGCUUUAAUAAUUAUUCCAUCUAAAGAAAUGCAUUAAUUAUCUAUAAUUCGCAAUCAGAACAAACACAAAUCGAGUCUUAAUAUUGUAGCUAAAUUCAGAAAACUUCGAUGUAAACUUACUUCUGUGGCUGGUCGUUAUAACAGUCUUACUUUACAGGUUAGCAGAUUCUUUAAACAUUUUUCAGGUAAGCGGAUUUAUAAACAGACUAUAAACUUCAUUCUCACUUCGAUUACUGAAAAAAAAUGGUUUGAGAAACAAUAACCUAAUGCUUUUAAAUCAAUGUAUAGAAUCAAUGUCAAUCAACGUUCUUAAACAUAAUCCCUUUAAACUUUAACUAAAUCAAUGCUCAUAGUCACGCAAUCAUUACGGUUUUUUGACGAAACGGUAUGGAUUGUUUGUUUCUGUGAAGAAAACGAUAAACAAGCCUAUCAUUCAUCUCACAUACUACGAUGAAAAAUAAGAGACAGUUUUAAAUGAAGUAGGCAUUUCGCUAAUUAAUGUCUUCAAAAUUUUCCUAAAAUGGAUAUCUUCUUUAAGGGCUGUUGCUGUGUUGCAGGUGGCUAACUGGGGCUGUGGUUCUGAAAGUGUACUCGAUGCCGCGUCUUUAGCCGAGCAGUACGCAAGGACAAAAGAUAGAGAUGAUCCCGACGUUUGGGGCUUUUACCUGCGUAAAGAUUUGUUUGAGCCUGUGAUUAAUCCAAACAACGAUAGGGUGGCCACAAAUUUGAUUUACCACCAGAUUAUCGGUGGGAUACUAACUGGAGAAUAUGUAUGCAGCCAGGUAAACUGGAUAAGACAAACAAAAAAUAAUUCCCUGAAUAUUAUUAUUGUUGUUGUUAUCAUCAUCAUUAUUAUGAAAAAAACACAUGCUGGAUAGGACAUUACCUUUUUGAACCUCAUUUUUCACUUUUCUUUUUCUUUUCUUUCUUUUUUGGUAGGAAGAAGAUCUGUUUGACAUAAUAGCUAAACGAUACUACAUCGAAAAUGGUCCCGAGAUGGAAGAAGACGUCCUACGAAAAUUGAUUAAAGAAUCUGUGCCACAGUUUGUCCUUGAUAGUAAAAAAGGGGAUGAGCUUUUUAACAACGUCAUAGAAUCAUUUUAUAAGGUGAGCUCUCAAAAAGAUCCUUGCAAUAUCUAUAUAAGAUAUGGAGGUGCGACCAGUCGUUCUCUAAUUACGUUUUAAUUUAUUGCUAUAACACCUUGCAUCUCUAGGAAAGUUAAACAAAACCCAACCUUUUUAAGUUGAAUUGGAUUUUUAAAACAUAAUUAUUAGUUGUAUUAUUAAUAAUACUACUAAUAAAUUUGUCCAUGCAAAUGAUCACUGUCUUUUCAGUGAGUAAUCGACUUUUUAAAAACUAUUUCAGGCACAUGAUUGAAAUGUAAUUAUGUUUUUUCUUCUUAUCCGUUUAAGGCUAUUUUUGACAAUGUACUCGUUUAUUUACCAAACAAGCAAAUAAAACUAGCAAAUGAAUCACUAUAAAUAAGUGGCAUAUAUUUUUCGCUUGUCGAAAAAAAGGAAUAACUGAAACUGAAUUCACCUCUGUAGAUUGUACCAAGAGCCAACUGAACAAAUUUUCGACAAAUAAAAACCUUGGAUACUUCAAAAAUUAAAGAAAGUUUUUGGCGGGUAAUCGUCUGAUUCAUCCCACCUCAUCAGCUUAGAGGCAGUUAACGGGUGUAUAUUUUGUUCGAAAUUCCAGGCAAUGGCUGAGAAGACUUAUUUUUUUGUCAAAAAGAUCCCUGCCCGUGUUGUUUUUGUUGCGGUCAUGGCCAUAUGGAUGACCGCCGCGUUCCUCUCUAGGAAAAUUCUGUGAAUAAAUAAAUAAAUAAUAAUAAUAAUAAUUUAAUAAUAAGAUGAGGAAAAGACACUCAAGUAUGGGCCCAUGAUGUGGGAGCUGAAGCAGAGAUACAUUGGUUACAGGGAUGAACAGUACAACGUAAUAAUUGACGUGUGGGUGGUUACUCUAAACACCUAGAGAAGUCGGUGAGGAAGCUACUUGGAGCGAGAGCACGGAGCGUACUUGAGCGGAUGCAGAAGUCGGUCAUCUCAGACACUUUAAACAUAGCCAGAACAUUUAAGAUAAAUCCUUAGUUAGGGCGCUAAGGACUCCAGUUUUUAGGGGUUUUUUUUCUCUAGAAAUCUGGAAACACAAGUUUCCUGAUGUUUUCACCUAAAUUUUUUAGAGUAUUAGAGUUUGAUAUUAUUCUAAAUAUGCUUUUAGUAGAGAUAACCACAUUAUGAUGGCCUCGUUUAGGUAUAUAAGAGAUAAUGAAAGUAUAAAAACUGACUAAUUUUCUAAAUAGGCUUCUGUCUUUGCGUAGGUUUUACAGAGUAUAAGAAUUUAAUAAUAUUCUAAAUUGGCUUUUUAAGUAGAGAGAUUCAUAUCAUUAUGUAUAUUAGGAUCGUAUUAGGGUUUCGUACUGACCUUUUUUUACUUCCAAGUAUACUCUGCUUCUCAAGUGUUGUAGGUUACGUUAUACGCCCUAUACUACUCAUAAUGUGGACAACAUUCCAAAGUUUUAUACUGCGACAUAAUAAUAAUAAAAUCAACCAGAGCGUAAGAGCCAGCGUCACUCUUAAGAAAAAGGUAAUGAAUGAAAUACCGAAAAUUCCUUUUUGUUUUGGUUAUAACUUUCCAAUAUAAUGCGUUCUCUAAUGUACAAUGAAAGUGUUCGAUAGCAGCCAUAAUUUUCUUUAAUUUUACAUGAAACCCCUAGCGCUGACGUUAGAAAUCAAGGCAUUCAUCCAUUAUUCAUUCGAAUACUGUGACUGUUGGACUGGGUUAUACCUUAAGUACAGUCGACUUCGGAUAACUCGAACCCCCGCUAACUCGAACCUCACGCUAACUGGAACCAAAAUCGAUUUCCUCUGGAUUUCCAUCAUACAGUUACUGUAAUUUUACCCUCGGUAACUCGAACCCUCGAUAACUCGAACCCCCGCUAACUCGAACCAAUUUUAGUUUCCCCUCAGGUCACUUUCUUUAAUAAUUUUACCCUCGAUAAAUCGAACAAAGUUUUGAGCCCUUAAAAAGUCGGGAAAAAAGCCGUCUACUGGCGUCCGAAACAUUGAAUUUUGGAUUUCCUAUUGACGUGUUGUAGGAGUAUAGUUUACUAGGGGAGGUAGAUGUUGAUUGUCACAGGUUAACGUGAAGCAACUUUACUUCUCAAAACAGUGAAACGCAUGCUCUAUUUAGGCCAUGUUUUGUUACGUUACGUUCUGAUUUAUAAUCUAGAAGUAUCUUUUAAUUUUCACUUGACAUUUCUACAAUUAAAUGUGAUUAAAAUGUCCACUGUACAGUAAAAACUGUUUUUUACCUUACUAUCGGCUAUUUUCUUCGAACUCCCGAUAACUCGAACUUUUUUCGAUUUCCCUUGAACGUUCGAGUUAUCGGGAGUCGACUGUAACAUUUCUCUUGUGCCCUUUUAAGUGCAGAAUAGACAUGUAGACAACUUAGGAACCUGUCCUUAAUUACUUUUGUAGCUCAGUUUCUAAAGCUCGUGCAACACUGUGAUCCCCAGUAACACGGAACAUUAAACUUCUCAAAUAUAUAUUCUUCCUUUUCUAUAGAGUCCACGCGUGAACGAAAGAGCUGAUGAAGAAUUCGUCAAACACGACAUUGUGAUAUACGCAGCAACCAGCUGGUUUAAUGAAUUCUCAAGAAUGUUUGAUGGUUUUGUGUCAUCGGGGCCAAAGCUUCCUAAAAUCGCCGUUAAUCUUGCUAUCAAUUCAAGUGGACUUCUUGUUCUACCGAAGGAGGAUAUUAAAGCUCCACCUGUUCUUGGCCUCGACUUUUCUCAGAUAAACAAAGUUGAGAGUGUGAGGUAUGUUUUAUUCGAGUGAUAAUUCUGAAUAUUUUUUAGUCUUCCUAUAUAUUUCACUUAACGCAACAAAGCAAACUAAGAGUGCAACAUUUAUGGUGUAAACGUUCUCAUGAAUCCGAUGGUUAAAGCUUUUUAAGGUCCGGUAGGGUAAUUACAGCCCCUUUUCUGCUUGAUGGCUGGUGCAACAGUUACAUAUCGUUCUAUGCUUCUACUGAUUUCUCUUAGCAGUUAAUAGACACUCUAAUACUGUCGUGCAAUAAUCACUCAGAGAAAUUUAGGAACUGACCCCGCCAGGCUAGAUCAGUAGGAUAAGUUGUUCUACUUACUGCUUUUGCAAGUAAAAUUUUAAUGCAGCUUUUGUUGUUUUCAAGAGCUUUACCUCAAAGUAAAUUCAUCUACCCUUUUGUAGGAAAGGAAUGUAUCUGGAUCCUGUUUUGGCUGUGACGACAAACCGUUCCGUGUAUUCUUUCAGAAGUCAACAAGCGGACACCAUAACUGAUCUUCUUAACCAUUUGAGGACUCUCGAUAGCAAU